GAUGUUUACAUGAAAACAUUAUAUGAUAUUACGUUAUUCAGCAAAUAUAAUAACAGUUACGUAAUCGUAUUAAUUUGAUUAAUAAUUUUGGAUUUGUUAUUAUUGUUCCUUUAAUAGUAAAAAUUUUCAAAAUUGCAACACCGCAGAACUUAUUGAUCAUUAAUUUGAAGUUUGAAGUUUAUCUUGCGACAAUUUCCAGUUACGACAAAAGAAUAUUAAGAAUAAUUAGUGUCACAAUAUUUUUAUUGUAUAAAGUACGUUUUAAUUAGAAGUGCUUUAUUGCCAGUUGAGUUGUAUAUCAGAAACAGUUGCUAUAUCCUGUUGGAAAGAAUUCCAAUAGAUUUCCAAUGUUCAAUGUAUUCAGAAACUUCCUUGGUACUGAACCUCCUCCUACAAAAGUUCAGGAAGUAAAAGCUGAUUCGUAUAGCAGUAGAAAUAUAAGUACAAGGGAAGAUGGACUAGUUUUAUAUAAACCACAGUCUGGGAGCAAAGAAAAAUCAAGUUAUGAAAUCAUUUUGCAUAAACCAUACAGCAGUUCAGCUUUUAGUAUAUUUCGAAGUGACAGUGAAGAAGAAGCCACAUUGCGAUUCAUUAACUUGAAAGAAAGGCUUCCAGUGUUGGUAGAUAUUGCACCAUCGAUAUUUAAUACACAAAGUUUACAGAAGUUAUGUGAUACGAUACAGGAAAACCCUUCUUGGUCUUUGGCACAUUUAGCAGCAUUUUUUUCUUUGUCUGAUUCAUUUAGUGAUCCUAAAAUUAAAGAUCAUUUAAAUGACUCAGAUCCAAUGACAGGAAUAUCCCCAUUACAAGUGGCCAUUCGUACAGCUAAUGCUAAAACAGUGCAAUCUUUAGUAAAUUUACACUGCUCUCUUAAUCAUCUAGAUCGUGUAGAAAAUUCAGUAUUUCAUUAUGCUGCCAGUACUACCAAAGAUAUUAUUGGUGCUCUCGCACAAGAAAAUACUCCCUCUCUUUGUCUCAAUUCCCGCAAUAAAGACGGUUACACCCCUCUUCACAUGGCUUGUCUUGCAGAUAAACCUGAGUGUGUGAAAGCUUUGCUUUUAGCAGGAGCUGAUGUGAACUUGAAAGCAUUAAAUGGGCCAGAAUCAGGUGAUGUAACUAGCUCAACACCUGGAUAUGUUGGAAAAUUUUUGAAGGAUAAUGCAAACACGUUGUCUCAGCAGGAUAUGAAAUUUGGUGGCACACCACUUCACUGGGCAUGUUCUAGAGCAGUUGUUGACACUUUGGUUGAUAUGAAUUGUGAUAUAGAUCAAGUAAAUUUCGAAGGACGUACAGCUCUGCAUGUUAUGGUAGUAAAGAAGCGUCUAGAUUGUGCGGUGGCUUUAUUAAGUAGGGGAGCUAAACCAGAUAUUGGGGAUGUUGAUGGAAAUACUCCAUUACAUUGGGCAGUAAAGAUGGAGCAUUUACCCCUUUUGCAAUGCUUAAUAGUUUUUGGGGCUAAUUUAGAUGCAUUAAAUAACAAAGGAAUGUCUCCAAGGCAUAUGAUGACUAGAGACCAAGAGCCAAAGUUACUUUACUACUUACAUGCGGUGGGCGCUAAAAGAUGUCCGAAAGGCAUAUCUGAUUGCACUGAAGGAUGUAUUUUUAAUGGAAAUUAUGAUGGCAUUCCCCCCGAACCUGUGAUUGGUCCGGCAAACAGAGAAACAUUAAAUCAUAUCCUUGAAGUUGCUGGAAUGGAACAUGCCUCCAAAAAGAACGAUAGGAAAAACAAAGGAAGGCUUCUUUGCCUGGACGGUGGUGGCAUUAGAGGUCUCAUUUUAAUUCAAAUGUUACUUGAGUUAGAAAAAGUUAUUGGUGAACCAAUUAACAACUGCUUCGAUUGGAUCGCUGGUACCAGCACAGGUGGAAUUUUAGCACUCGCCUUGAGUUUUGGAAAAAGUAUGAGGGAAUGCUUGUGUCUAUAUUUUCGAAUGAAAGAACAAACCUUUAUUGGAAUGAGGCCCUACGCGAGCGAGGCCCUCGAAAAUAUAUUAAAAGAAUGUUUUGGAGAAAAUACAAUGAUUACUGAUAUACAGCAUCCCAAAAUUUUAAUUACUAGUGUACUCGCAAAUCGAAAGCCAGUGGAACUACACCUGUUCAGAAAUUACGAGAGUCCAAGCAAAAUUCUAAAUAUAAAAAGUGAUGAUUCACCUUUUGAAUUGCCUCCUCCUCCUGAAGAGACACAUGUAUGGCAUGUUGGACGAGCAACAGGUGCUGCUCCUACUUACUUUAGGGCUUUUGGAUAUUUUCUCGACGGUGGUUUGAUAGCCAACAAUCCAACUUUGGACGCGUUGACGGAAAUACAUGAAUAUAAUUUGGCAUUAAGAGCAAGAGGUAGAGAAAAGGAAGUAUCGCCCGUAACUUGCGUUGUUAGUUUGGGUACUGGCUUAAUCCCCGUUAAACAAUUGAAAGAUAUAGACGUUUUUCGUCCAGAAAGCCUUUGGGAUACGACGAAAUUAGUGAUGGGAAUUUCUUCUCUAGGAACUUUACUUGUAGAUCAGGCUACGCUAAGUGAUGGAAGAGUUGUAGACAGAGCUCGCGCAUGGUGUUCCACAACUGGCGUACCGUAUUUUCGAUUUUCACCACAGAUGUCAGAAGACGUAGGAAUGGAUGAAAAAUCAGAUGAAAAAUUGUGUAAAAUGUGCUGGGAGGCUAAAGCAUACAUGCAUGCCAACAUUAAUAAUUUAAAGGAAGUUGCAGAUAUUUUACUAAAAACAUAAUUCUGCAUCUUUAUUGGCAUUUUAGGAAAUUAUUGAAUAAUUAAUUGUUAUACUGUUUUUUUUUGUUGAUUUUAUGAAGUUUAUUUAGUAUAGUAUUAUUUAUUCUGUAUUAUGAGAAAAUAUAUAGUAUAAAGUUGUUUUUUUUUUCUAAAUAUUUAUCUGUUUUGUUUUUA